AAACAUCUUCGCAGUUUGAAAAUCCUGAUCUUGAAACAUAGUGUUUUGGCAACCAAUUGCAUGGAUACAACUGUAUGUGCUAUCCAAAAAAAACAGUUGACUGGUGAAGCUGUUUAUCGUUAUGCUGGUGGUAUUUAUCAGAUCACGCUGAUUGCGUAGUUUCGCUUCGAUGUUGCAGCGUCAAUGUCGACAUUUUGGGCGACAUGCUCGAAAUUUCCACUUGAAUUAUUUCAAUGCACGUCGAAAUAUCCCAAUAAGGCAUGGGUUGGCAAUUGACCACGGGUGCCGAGCACUUUCUUUGACAGCAAGGAGAGAUAAUUCCAGAUCUAAGGUUAAUAGUGCUAAAAGAAAUACGCCCAUUGAACUGACGGCGUCUGGAUUGGCUGGGUGUUUAUACAUCGAUGGUGUUUUGGAUGGUGUCAAACACCACCAGAAAGAGAAUGGCGACAUCUCCGAUGAUUCCCUUUUCUUGACGCUGAGGAGGCUCUCUCAGCUAAAGGAGUUUCAUUCCAAAGCUUCGUGGAAGGCAACUUGUGAAGGGAAGAAUGAGGAAGAGGUUAUUGUUCUCAAGCAAGGUGUUCGAACAGCACUUGGAGAAUGUGACGCGGGGAGACUGCACAGCUUAUUUUCACUUUGCCAAGAGCUGGAAUGGCUUGAAAGAAGCGAUCAAGACUUGAUCGCGCCUCUCACCAAGGCGUUUUCGCGCUUGUUCUUGACUGAAGCCAAAUCUACAGAGGAGCUCAAGUCUAAACGGCAGCAGUUGCAUCUAUGCAUGUCCUGGCCAAAGGAGAUCCUAUCAGAGCUGUGUGCGAGUGUUGACGUGCGCUCGCUCAGCCAUGCAUCGCUUUGCUCCCUGGUGGAUGUGUUUGCCCCAGUGCGCGCCGACGCCGAUAUCAAAACGCUCAAGGCCAUCUCCGAGGCGGUGGUCAAAGCGAGCCAGACUGCUACUGGUCCAGAUCAGAUGGCCAUGUUGGAGUGUCUGUGCAAGCUAGAGCUCUGGGAUCAAGCUGAAAAGUGCCUCACGGCACUCCAGCGCACUAUGAAACAGCAACAGGUGGACGGCGACACAAUCAAGUUGGUGCAACAUCUUAUGCCACACCGCAAGCGCCCUGCCGUCAAUGCCGCUGUCAAUUACCUGUUACACCAGACCACGGACUCGAAGUUGUCAAUAGCCGACUUCUAUGAUUUCCGAGCGUGUCAAGUGGAAUACGGACUUGCUGACUUUAAACACGUCCAUACUGAAUUUUAUCAUGCAGCGCAGGGCCUGAUUCACUCUCCAUCAACUGCUACCGAGGAAAACAUCGCCGCAUUGCUAAGAUUGGUAUUCGUUCCUUUUCAGUUUGCGGGGAAUCAACCAAAUAGUGACCACCUGGCAACUGAAAUUCAUAAGCUGCUGUCAUCUCCAGAAGCGGACACAAAGUAUAGCGUUCACACGCGACUCGCUAUGUUUAUUUCUACAAUACAUCUGCAGCGCGGCAGGCUGGGCACACAGAAACUCGACCAGGCCAUGUACAACAAGCUACUGCCAGAAAUUCGCGAGCAUCUCGUUGAUUUGACGAACGCUCAGCUGGCUUUGUUUGCGUACAAGGUUCUUCCCGUCUUGCACAAACAUAACAACUUGGUUGCAGAGCGUUGGCAGUGUGUUGCCAUUGCGCAGAAUCGCAUCGACGGACUCAGCCUCAGCCAGCUGACGAACAUUCUCUUUGGCUUGCUCAGAGUCGAGACCAACUUGAGCCAGGAAACCUUGCGUGCAUUCCUCCGCCGUGCCGCUGAAGCAUGCAAAGAAGAGCCAUUUGAGUCCACAGUACAAAGCCUCUGCACUCUUGUUGAUGUUCUCGGUUGGAUCAGUCGCAAGGGCCAGUCAGCAUUACCGAUUGUAGAGUUUUGCGCCUCCGCUCGUGAUGCCGUGCUGCACGUGGUGAGGUCGACAAUGGCUCAGCACAAAACGAGGCGUUACAUCAGCCUUUCUAUACUGAACCAAGGCCUCCGUAACCUGCAAGUCCUGGACCCAGAGCUGCUGGAAGGUGCUGUCGUAGCUAUGACACCAGUGCCCAAACUGCUUUUCGAAAGCGACGACGUGCAUCUUCUGGUGAACUUGUAUGGUAUAUUUAGUCACUUCGGCAUCUUCACCGAGUUCGUUCAGGAUGUCUUUUCACUGAUGGAAGGAGAUUUGCAACUAUUCCUUCGAAAAGCAUCUUUGGAGGAUCAAGUGUGCCUUGCUUAUGACUGCCUGUUAUUCAACCUUGUGCCGAAGGAGUUACUCAGGACAUUACUGAUGGACAUGAAUCUUACACAGCUUCUCAAGCUGAGCAGUCUCGCUCAGUUAAAGGUGCUGUACUUCAGCCUGUACCUGUCAUCUUUCUACCCGCAUGUGGAGGUUAACAAGAAACUCCUGAAGCUGGUGAGAGCGCUUACUUUCAGCCGGUAUCUGGAUCAGCUGCGAAUUGCCCAUUUCCACGGCUGGCUGUCCGAGGUCGGGCCGCGCAAGGUCAUUGCUGCCGCCCGCAGCCUAGUCCCUGAUAAGUGCGUGCUGAGCUACGUUGCCCUGGAGACGGGCGUGGUGGAGCUGCUGGGACUGGUGCUGAGGCCGGACACGCUGGAUGCAGUGCCCUGGGAUCAUCCCGAGAUCAUUCAACACUGCAGUAUGGUUAUCACCGGCCACACUGGCGGCGGUGGCAAAGGAGAGAAGGCCAACGAGCCAGCUGCCGCUGACAUGUCGGCAAGCCAGCACCGAGACGACUUUGUCUCCGUCUGCCUGCAGUCGCCGUUCGACUCGCGCUCUACGCAUUGCGUGCGCGUGAACGCCGCGACGCUGCGGGAGCGAGGACUGCGUCCGGUCUUGUUCGGCUUGGUGCCGGCUCACAACAGUGCCGCUAACAGCAACCUCGUUAUCGGGCCCGGAGUGAUGCUGCAAAAUGCUGCGCGCGUCGAAGGGUGGGAGACUGCGAUUGUGUUCACCGAGGAACUUUCUGGCCGUCCGAUCGAAGACAUGGCUAAAAUAAUGAAAAAGAAACUGGACCUCGCUCUUGAGUGGGAGACGGACCGCAAGGUGUGGCAGCGUGAUGGUCUUCUCUUCGUUGGCUGAGUUAGUUUGUCGGUCAGUCAUCGCUUCUGUUUUCCCCGUUUAAUGGCUCGCGGGACGGCACAUGUGCCCUGUGACCGUACCGUCUACCCGAGUGAUGAAUCAAGCCUGAGGAGACUUGGUCAGUUUUUGCCAACGUCCAUCCCGGCCUCUACUAUACAUGUACACACUGUGGGUAGUAGUGGUGAUGUAGAGACUGCGCUGCCGUGCAUGUCUUAGCGCUCUUGGAGUUUCACUAUUUCCGCAGCGGCAAGCAGUUAGUUUCCUUUGUCCUGCGACAGUGACCGUCCGUGCAUGUGCGCGUGUGCGAGUCGCUCUCAUAGCGAUGUGAUUGUUGUGUCACGCUGUGUCAUGAAUCACAACCUCGGUACUCGCCCUGUUUCCCGGAUCACAGUGUUCCGCAGUGCCUCUAGCAUUGUCUGGACAUUGCCUCUGGACAAGACUGCCAGAUUUCCAAUUUACACUUUCUUGUACCUUAUACUAGGGGCUAGUAGCUCUUCCAGAUUUCUUAUGUCUUAGGCCGUUCACUGCGAUGUUGUUGAAGGACAUGUCAGAUACUAAAAUAUAAUUGUAUUUGUUCAGUCUGCAAGGCUGUUGUUCUGAUUACUCUUGUUGAGCUAUACUUGACUAGUCCUCAUGAGUUGUCGACUCACUACUCUCAUGCAGCAUGUUGCUAUUGUGAGUCGUGCCUGUCUUGGGAGCUGGAUCUCUGUUUCGAA